AUGCUCAAAGCUGCUGUUUGGGGUUGUGGAAAGACAGAGUAUCUCCUGGAUGUCAGCUAUAUAUUUUUUACUUUCCUCCCACAGGUAUUGUCAGUCUGUGUCUUAACAACAAUCCUUGGCUGUAUAUUUGGGUUGAAACCAAGCUGUGCCAAAGAAGUUAAAAGUUGCAAAGGUCGCUGUUUUGAGAGAACAUUUGGGAAUUGUCGCUGUGAUGUUGCCUGCGUGGGUCUUGGAAACUGCUGUCUGGAUUAUCAGGAAACAUGUAUAGAACCAGAGCGGAUAUGGACGUGCAACAAGUUCCGGUGUGGUGAGAAAAGGUUGUCGAGAAGCCUCUGCUCCUGCACGGACGACUGCAGGGAAAACGGCGACUGCUGCAUCAACUACAGCUCUGUGUGUCAAGGUGAGAGAAGCUGGGUUGAAGAAAUGUGUGAGAGCCUUGAUGAGCCCCAGUGUCCAGCAGGGUUUGAAAAGCCUCCUACUCUCCUGUUUUCUUUGGAUGGUUUCAGGGCAGAAUAUUUGCACACUUGGGGUGGACUUCUUCCUGUUAUUAGCAAACUAAAAAACUGUGGCACAUACACUAAAAACAUGAGACCAGUGUAUCCAACCAAAACGUUUCCCAAUCACUACAGCAUUGUCACCGGACUUUAUCCAGAAUCUCAUGGCAUAAUUGACAACAAAAUGUAUGAUCCCAAAAUGAACGCUUCCUUUUCACUUAAGAGUAAACAGAAAUUUAAUCCUGAGUGGUACAAAGGAGAGCCUAUUUGGCUCACCGCUAAGUAUCAGGGCCUCAAAUCUGGGACAUUCUUUUGGCCAGGAUCAGACGUGAAAAUCCGUGGAGUUCUCCCAGACAUCUACAAAAUGUACAAUGGCUCAGUGCCAUUUGAAGAACGGAUUUUAGCUGUUCUUAAGUGGCUGCAGCUUCCUAAAGAUGAAAGACCACACUUUUACACUCUGUAUUUAGAAGAACCAGAUUCUUCAGGUCAUUCGUAUGGACCCGUCAGCAGUGAAGUCAUCAGAGCAUUGCAGAGGGUUGACAGUAUGGUCGGCAUGCUGAUGGAUGGCCUCAAGGAGCUGGACUUACACAGAUGCCUGAAUCUCAUUCUCAUUUCGGAUCAUGGUAUGGAACAAGGAAGUUGUAAGAAAUACAUAUAUCUGAAUAAAUAUUUGGGGAAUGUUAAAAAUAUUAAAGUCGUCUAUGGACCGGCGGCUCGAUUGAGGCCCUCUGAUGUCCCAGAUAAAUACUAUUCAUUCAAUUAUGAAGGCAUUGCAAGAAAUCUUUCUUGCCUGGAACCAAACCAGCAUUUUAAACCUUACUUAAAACACUUCUUACCCAAGCGUUUGCACUUUGCCAAAAAUGACCGAAUUGAGCCUUUGACGUUUUAUUUGGAUCCUCAGUGGCAGCUUGCAUUGAAUCCAUACGAGGGGAAAUAUUGUGGAAAUGGAUUUCAUGGCUCUGAUAACUUAUUUUCAAAUAUGCAAGCCCUUUUUAUCGGCUACGGACCUGGAUUCAAGCACGGCGUUGAAGUUGACAGCUUUGAAAAUAUUGAAGUUUAUAAUUUGAUGUGUGAUUUGCUGAAUUUGGAACCUGCUUCUAAUAACGGAACUCAUGGCAGUCUUAACCACCUUCUAAAGCGUCCUGUCCACACGCCAAGGCAUCCUAAAGAAGCCCAGCCCCUGGCACAGUGCCCGUUCACAAGAGCCAGCCGAGAGAACCUUGGCUGCUCCUGCAGUGCCUCCAUUGUACCAAUUGUGGAUUUACAGGCACAGUUGAACUUGACCACAGCAGAAGAGAAGAGCAUUAAGCGUGCCACUUUACCCUACGGACGACCCCGGGUUCUCCAGAAGAACAGCACCGUGUGUCUUCUUUAUCAGCACCAGUUUGUGAGUGGAUACAGCCUGGGCAUAUUGAUGCCUCUAUGGACAUCCUACACCGUUGGCAGAAAUGGCAGCUUCUCCACAGAAGACUUUUCCACCUGUUUUUACCAGGAUCUUCGAAUUUCCCUCAGUCCUGUCCAGAAGUGCUCAUUUUACAAAAAUAACGCGAAACUGAGUUAUGGGUUCCUCGCCCCACCACGUACGUCGCCCUCUUCCUCCCUGCUUUCCCCUCUCUUCCUCGCUUCGUUGUUCACAAACCGAUCACACAAUCCGGGACCUUGGCUAUUACGGCAAGAGCUCAUUUUGGCCAUGGCGUUGGUUUGUUGCACAUGGCAGCAGGGCACCGUGUUCUUUUCAAACCACACUGUCUUUCUUCCGGUGUCAGUGAUAUGGGAUUACAUCCAUGGCGUGCUACUGCAAAGAUAUGCUGAAGAAAGAAACGGUAUCAAUGUGGUCAGUGGCCCCGUGUUUGACUUUGAUUAUGAUGGACGUUAUGAUUCCUUGGAGACCCUGAAACAAAACCGCAAAGUCAUCCGGAAUCAAGAAAUUCUGAUUCCAACUCACUUCUUCCUGGUCCUAACAAGGUGUGCAAACGCAUCGCAGACUCCCACACAGUGUGAAACUCUGGACACGUUAGCUUUCAUUUUGCCUCACAGGACCGAUAACAGUGAGAGCUGUGAGCAUGGGAAGCAUGGAUCCUUAUGGGUUGAAGAGUUGUUGAGAUUACACAGAGCCCGGAUCACCGAUGUUGAACACAUCACUGGACUUAGCUUCUAUCAAGAAAGGAAAGAGCCCGUUUCAGACCUCUUGAAGUUGAAAACAUAUUUGCCAACUUUCAGCCAAGAAGACUGAUUUCCUUUCCAUUUUUUUUUAUUGUAAAAAACACACCAUAAUUCCUUUGAAAAGGACCUUAUAUGUUAUACAAUCAUCGUUGCAUACUAUUACAUGGUUUGGAAACUGUCCACCAGUUGUAGAACCGGGAACCCUCUGUGCUAUGGACAUCUCAGGGAAACUUCUGGACUCGGCCCAGCAGUAAGAGAGGUUCCUGUUGAGUCUCGCACAGAUUGGAAUGUUUAAGAAUUGUGUGCCUGGUUCAAGUUUUCUGGAAUAAAGACCGAUCAUACCUGAAACGGCUCUUCGACUUCUCCUCAAGGAAGGAGGUGUGCCCCGUGUCUGGACAUAAGCUAUUUUAAUCUUCUUCUUAGUGAGCUUUUCUGGAGCAGGCGAACAGUAGACUAAUGGAUGGGCUGGAAAGAGCUUCUGUUACAUUAGUAUCUUCACAAGAAUUUCAGAAAACAAUUCUGCAUUCCUUUGAACUUGGAUUUAUCUUUGAUGUUUAGUGAGGACCUAAUGGAAGCACAUUUCUGAGGGCCUCUAGUUGUUUGUUUUUUUUCCCUUCUAUGUAUCACUUUCAGAGCCACGAUAACUAUAAAUCUGGUGUUACGGUUUUGAGGGGGGAUUGGGUGGUUCUGACAAGUUACAUUUUGAGUGGUGAUUUAUGAAUUUACUCUACUGGAUAUAGCAUUGUAUUCUACAUGUGUACAAAACAACAACAAAAAGAUUCCUAUGCUGCUCGCUGGCAAUUAAUGUAGGGUUGGAGAUAACUCAAACGUGAUCAUUGUUAACUAUUAAACACACGUGUUAUCUUGGAGACA